AUGACCAUAGAAAUUGCGAAACCUGCCGGCGAGCAUUCUCUACCUUCCUCGGCGACCCCCGAGGACUAUUACCGUCGAUUGAAGCAGCUGGAGCGGGAAUACGAACUUAUCUCUCUUCAGGAAGAGUACAUCAAAGACGAGCAGCGCCACCUGAAGCGCGAGCUGGUGCGAGCCCAGGAGGAGGUCAAGCGGAUCCAGUCGGUGCCACUGGUGAUUGGACAGUUUCUGGAGCCCAUUGAUCAACAAACAGGUAUUGUGGCGUCCACCACCGGCUCCAACUAUGUCGUGAGAAUCCUGUCCACACUCGAUCGGGAGCUGCUCAAGCCCUCGUCAUCGGUGGCGUUGCAUCGACACUCCAACGCGCUGGUCGACAUUCUGCCUCCGGAGGCUGAUUCGUCUAUCGCCAUGCUGCGGCCUGAUGAGAAGCCCGAUGUCUCCUACGCCGACGUGGGAGGCCUUGACAUCCAGAAGCAGGAGAUCCGGGAGGCUGUGGAGCUGCCUCUAACACAAUUUGAGCUCUACAAACAGAUUGGUAUUGAUCCUCCUCGAGGUGUUCUGCUUUUUGGCCCUCCUGGAACCGGCAAGACCAUGCUGGUCAAGGCGGUGGCAAACAACACCACGGCAUCGUUCAUUCGAGUGGUGGGCUCCGAGUUUGUGCAAAAGUAUCUGGGAGAGGGUCCUCGAAUGGUCAGAGACAUUUUCCGACUGGCCCGAGAAAACUCGCCAUCCAUCAUUUUCAUCGACGAGAUCGACGCCAUCGCCACGAAGCGUUUCGAUGCACAGACCGGUGCCGACAGAGAGGUCCAGCGUAUCCUGCUGGAGCUGCUCAACCAGAUGGACGGUUUCGACCAGACCUCCAACGUCAAGGUGAUCAUGGCCACCAACCGAGCAGACACACUGGAUCCUGCUCUGCUGCGUCCCGGUCGACUGGACCGAAAGAUCGAGUUCCCCAACCUGCGAGACCGCCGAGAACGACGUCUGAUUUUCUCCACCAUCGCCUCCAAGAUGUCUCUGGCUCCCGAGUGUGACCUGGACGCUCUCAUCAUUCGAAACGACCCUCUUUCUGGUGCCAUCAUCGCGGCCAUCAUGCAGGAGGCCGGUCUGCGGGCCGUUCGAAAGAAUCGAUACGUCAUCAUCCAGAGCGAUCUGGAGGAGGCCUACUCUGCCCAGGUCAAGGUGGGAAGCGACAAGGACAAGUUUGAGUUCUACAAGUAA